CUUUAUUUCAUAUGCUCUUUGUUUUUAAAUUUUUAUAAUGGCUGGGACAGUAUUGGAGAGAUUAAGCGGCAAAAAAUUAGCUAUACUGUGUCUUAUAUUAUUUAUAAGUCAGAUAAUAUGUUUUCUUAUUGGAGGGUUAAUAGCUCCAGAACCUUCAAACGUGCAACAAAUUUUAGCCACAACAUGCUUUGACAAGAAUAAGCUUUUUUCGAACUCUGGCAACAAUGGAAGUUUCAUAUAUCUUAGACCAUCUCAGAAGUCUAAUUGUAUCCCCUUUGACUUGGACGAAUUUACUAGUGACGAGGAGUUGACCAAAUAUUCUACAAAGCAUAACAUACAAGCAGACAAUGUUAUAUUUGUUUUCCAGCUACCUUUGCCUAAAGAUAGGAUGGACUUGGACAUGUCCAGAUGGUUUAAUUCAAUGCUCACGUUGCUAAUGGUAGAUAUCGAAUAUCGAAAAGACAUCGAAUUGACCUCAAAAUAUAUAAGGAUAGAAGCCAAAUUGGCCUACAGAAAUAAGAGAGACAAACCUGAUCAAUGGACACUUAUGGCUCACUCUUUACAAGAUCGAUUACUCAAAUGCCACAUCGACGAAAAUUCUAAAAUCGAAGGAUAUUACUACAACUGUUCUACUCUCCCAUUCUUCGAGCUCGGGAACGUUCACCACGAUUUCUACCUCGUUAACCUCAGGCUUCCUACCCACCCGGGUUCCGAUAUCAACACUGCCAUCGGUAAAAUCAAGGAUAUUUGGCUUGUGGAAAUUCAUCAAAAUGGAGGUUUUACCCGAGUUUGGUUCUCGCUCAAGAUAGUUUGGUUUCCGGUCAUCUUAGCAUUGACCAUAUGGUUCUGGAACAGGGUCGUAACGAGUUCUGGCUUAAAUGACGGGAAACGCUCGGAGACCUACGAAAGCGGAAGCGUGGCUGUUAAGAGCUCCCCUAGUUUAUUGGAGUACACUAUACUCGCGCUGGCUUCGGCGAUGACUUUGUUGAAUAUGCCGGUAGACGUAUUCUCGCUGUGGUUCGACAUGCCUUACAUGCUCUUCUUCGGCGACAUCCGUCAAGGGAUAUUUUACGUUGUCCUCUUCGUGUUCUGGAUCAUUUUCUGCGGGGAACACCUCAUAGACGACGUUCCACGUAAUCGACUCUCGGCGUAUUGGAAGUACUUGAUAGGCGUUGGAUCGGCCUGCAUAUUCCUAUUCGUUUUUGAACUCUGCGAAAGGGGGAUAGAACUCAAGGACCCUUUUUUCAGUAUAUGGUCCACUGAGGCCGGUACCAGGAUAGCCAUAUCGAUCCUGUCACUCUCCGUCAUUUGCAUGGCGUGUUAUUUAGUCAUGCUUUCUCAUUUGAUUUACCGCGUAUUCGCCAACGUUUCCAAGAAACGCUUACUCCUUCCCGCCAUGAAUAAGAGCGUCAAAUUGAAAUAUCAAGGCAUCAUGUACCGUUUCCGUUUUCUGAUGUCGGCCACGUGCGCAUGUGCGGCCAUGACGGUAGCUUUCUUCCUGGCUAGUCACGUCAACGAAAAUAGCUGGAAGUGGGAUUUAGGCGACUCGAGAUCCAAACAGCAUGGCGGAGGGUAUGCUCCCGCACUUCAAUACGCGUCCGCGUUUUAUACGGGCGUAUACGGCAUGUGGAACUUAUACGUGGCAGCGGUGUUAGCUCUGUAUGCUCCCUCCAGGAAAACCAAAAUGGAUGACAUUUCGGAAGAACAGGAAUGUAUCGAAAUCAACAAUAAUCAAAAUCACUACGAUACUAGUAAUUCUAGUAACGCUUAUUACCCCAAAAGUAACGAAAUCUCCGCACUGACCUCAUUCCUUAGAAAGGAGAAUAUUGAUUAACCAAUUUGAAAGAUAUUUAUCAAUUUUUUAAUAGGUUAUAUUUUGAAAAUAUCAUAUUAUUUUUUUUUAUAAAAUAAUUUAAAUUUUAUAAAGUCUUUUUUAAACUGUGUAUGUGUUUUUUUUAAAUGUUAUA